AUGUCGCUCCCCUCCCACGGGCCCGGCGCUGGCCAGCAGUCCUCCAUCCGAUCCUUCUUCCAGCCCGCCCAGCCCAAGUAUGCCGCCCCUCCCUCGGCCUCCCGACAACCACCUCCUCGCGCCCAACCACCGCCCCGAGAGCUCCCGGGUCUCGGCCCCGGAAAGCCACAGCAGCCGCGGCCGCAGUCUCUGCAGCAGGAUGGAGCCGCCGAGGCUGCGCCCUCGCCUCUUCGCCCUCCUCCGGCCGCCCCUCCGCUGCCCGCGCAGGCGACCCCGCCGUCGCCCGGUCCACUGCCAACACCGAAGCCCACCCACCACCCCAACGUGACCCUGUCGCCCAUCCACGCCUCGCACGUCCCGGCCCUCCGCAGCCUGACCUCGCGCCUGCUGCAGGUCCGCUACCCGGACAGCUUCUACAGCUCCGUCACGGACCCGGCCGCCUCGGGCGCCUUCUCGCGCGUGCUGCUGUGGACCGACAACCCUUCGCCCUCCGACCCCGUUCCGCCCAAGCCCCAGGUCAUCGGCGGCCUGGUUUGCCGCCGCCAGUCCUCCUUUCAGGCCCGCCCGGGCUCCGCCCGCGAUGUCGUCCCCAACGCCCUCUACCUGCAGAGCCUGGUCCUGCAGGAGCCCUACCGCCGCCUAGGCUUGGCCGGCGCCAUGCUGGACGAGGUGUGCAGCUUGGCAGCAGCAGCGGAGGACGGCGAGGCAGCGGCUCGGACGGUUUGCGCGCAUGUGUGGACCGAGAACGAGGAGGGAAUGGAGUGGUACAAGGCCCGGGGCUUCAAGAUGGUCGAGCCCGUGGUCGACGGUUUCUACCGCCAGCUGCGGCCCUCCGGCGCCUGGAUCAUGAGGAAGGAGAUCGCCAGCGGCGGUAUCAUCGGCGCAUUGAAGGAGGCAGCGGGCAUGAACGGGGCCCCGAGAACCGAAGGCGCCGAGGCAAACCCCAGGAUCGACACACCGCCCGUGGUCUCGUUCACCAACACCGCGGCGUCGCCCCCAGCAGCAGUGAGAGGGCCACCCAAGUCACCAGCUCUGGGCGCCCCGCCUCCCGGCCCUACGAGACCGCCUCUGCGCGCUGCGAGCUCCGGCUCCGGCCAGUCCUUCCAGAACGCGCGGCCGGAGACCGAGUGGAACGACCUCCCGGCCGAGAUGCACGUCCCGCGCAACACGCUCUCCGUGCCCGGCAGCGGCACCAACUCGGGCGCGAGCUCGCGGAGUAGCUCGGCCGCCCCCCGGAAGAAGCGUGAUCGCUCGUACCCGGCCGCGGCUUUCGGCAAAUAA